AUGGCGAGUCCAAGAACAAGGAAAGUUCUCAAGGAAGUCAGAGCACAAGAUGAGAACAAUGUCUGUUUUGAAUGUGGUGCAUUCAACCCCCAGUGGGUGAGUGUGACUUACGGAAUUUGGAUCUGUCUGGAGUGCUCAGGAAAACACCGAGGCUUGGGAGUUCACCUCAGUUUUGUACGUUCUGUAACGAUGGACAAAUGGAAGGAUAUUGAGCUGGAGAAAAUGAAGGCUGGAGGUAAUAGCAAAUUUCGAGAGUUCUUGGAGUCUCAAGAUGACUAUGAUCCCUGCUGGUCAAUGCAAGAGAAGUACAACAGCAAAGCUGCAGCUCUUUUUAGAGAUCAGGUAGCUACAGUAGCUGAAGGCAAGGAGUGGUCUAUUGAAACCUCUCCUGCCAGGAACUGGACCCCACCUCAGCCUAAAACGUCUCUCUCUUCCACUCAUCGUUCUGCUGGACCGUCACAGGCUGCAACUGCCUCUUCUGACAAGGCUUUUGAAGACUGGUUAAAUGAUGAUGUCAACUCCUACCAAGGUGGCCAAGAGAAUCGCUAUGUGGGGUUUGGAAACACAGUAAACCCUCCAAAAAAAGAGGAUGACUUCCUGAAUAAUGCUAUGUCUUCAUUGUACUCG